CACUAUAUUCCCGAUGGGUUUGAAGGCACCACUCGUGCGGCCCAACGGGUAACGGUUGGUCAGCAGCAGCGGCGCGGCGUCACUUCGCUUUGACGCACAUCAUUCACGCUGACAUCAAACUUUUGAUUCAAAACAAAAAAAAAGUGUCGUUUUGCUUCAACAGAAAACUACUUUCAAAGUUUGAAAAUGUCUGACGACUCGUGGGCAGUCGCCGUCGAUCUCCAAGAAUCUACGACUCCAUCACUACAGUUGAACCCCCCGAGGAAAGUGGAUCGAGUGUGUUCCCUUCGUAACAUAGGAGGAGACAUAAACGGCAACGUUGAGCCGGAGACUGCUGAAAAUGGAGGUUCGAGGAAAAGCUGGAACCAAGCGGACCUGGCCGAGCAGUCCCUGCUGAACAAACUGAUCCGCCGCUCUCUGGUGCGGAACAGAAACCAGGUGGAGGUCCUGCAGCGGGACCCCGCGUCUCCCCUGUACUCCGUCAAGACCUUUGAGGAGUUGAGACUGAAGCCCGAGCUGCUGAACGGGGUCUACGACAUGGGAUUCAACCGGCCCUCGAGGAUCCAGGAGAACGCUCUGCCCAUGAUGUUGGCUCAGCCACCUCAGAAUCUGAUCGCCCAGUCACAGUCUGGCACGGGUAAAACCGCUGCCUUUUCUCUGGCCAUGCUCAGCCAUGUGAACCUGGAGAACAAGUGGACUCAGUGCCUGUGCAUCUCGCCGACGUACGAGCUCGCUCUGCAGAUCGGUCAAGUAAUCGAGCAGAUGGGGAAGUUUUGCCCCGACGUAAAACUGGCCUACGCCAUUCGGGGAAACAGAAUGGAGCGAGGCACUAAGUUGCAGGAGCAGAUUGUUGUCGGAACACCGGGCACCAUCCUCGACUGGUGCACCAAGCACAAGCUCAUUGACCCCAAGAAGAUUACUAUGUUUGUGCUCGACGAGGCUGACGUGAUGAUCGCCACACAAGGUCAUCGGGACCAGAGCAUACGGAUCCACAGACUGCUAACAGAGAAAUGCCAGAUGCUCCUCUUCUCUGCAACCUUUGAGGACUCUGUGUGGAAGUUUGCAGAACGUGUGGUUCCUGAUCCCAACAUCAUCAGGCUGAAGCGGGAAGAGGAGACGCUGGACACCAUCAAGCAGUUCUACGUGAUCUGUAGGGAGAAGGAGGACAAGUUCACAUCACUGUGUAAUCUCUAUGGGAGCCUCACCAUUGCACAGGCCAUGAUCUUCUGCCGUACUCGCAAGAUGGCUGCUUGGCUGUCUGUAAACCUGCGCUUGGAAGGGCACCAAGUGGCUUUACUGAGCGGCGAAAUGACCGUGGAGCAGAGAGCGGCCGUCAUCGAGCGCUUCAGGAACGGCAAGGAGAAAGUACUCGUGACUACAAACGUGUGCUCCAGAGGUAUUGAUGUGGAGCAAGUGUCGCUCGUGGUCAACUUUGACCUCCCCGUGGGCCUGGACGGGAAGGCCGACAACGAGACGUACCUCCACCGGAUUGGCCGCACGGGGCGCUUCGGCAGGAGAGGGUUUGCGGUCAAUAUGGUGGACGGCGAAAAGAGCAUGGACAUCAUCCACGAGAUCGAGAUGCAUUUCAACAGGACAAUCACGGAGCUGGACACGAGCAAUCUGGAGGAAAUGGAAAGCUUGAUCAGCUGAAGGCUCUGCUACGUGCAGGAAUAAAACGGAGGCGUUACCUCAAAAGCGACUUGAGUUAUUUGCACGGUUUAUUGUUUGAAUUAUUUUAUUGUUUACAGCUGAGAUGCAUGCUAGUUUUGACUAUGCAAACUUGUUUUAUGGCGGUUCUUUGUGCCAAAGUUCUUUUUCAUAGAUGUGUCCGACCUUGAUUGCUGGAGUGCCUUCUAAGCCUUUAUAAGCUGUCUCCCAGAGACUAUAAACCUGCCGUCAGCUGUGAAACAGCACUUAAGAAGAGUGGUGAAGAGACUACGGCGAAUGGUUUGCAGUGUUGUUUGAUGUGAAUUAUUAACAUAUGAUUGUGGAGAUUUAAGAAUGGAUCUGAUUUUAAAAAUCAUGGUUGAGUUCAAAUAAAAUCUCCUUGAGUGAGUUGAAGCAAUUAAUACAGUUUAAAUGCCCUUUUUUCUUCCACAGCUGUUAAGACUGUGAGGCCAGAGUUGUUGCUCUUUUUGUGUGGGUGAAAAAUAAAUAACUACUGUUGCAUAUUAAA